AUGGAUUUUGCCAGUGAUGAAGCCGUCCAGGCUUACAAUGAAUAUUUCCGGAAAGACCAGUAUGCUUGUCGCCAUGUUUUGCUUCUGAAGGGUAUGAUUCACUUCCUGGUCAAUAAAUUUGACAUCCAAAUUGACCCGAAUGCACUACCAACUGCUGUUGAUGAAGAGGCGGUUUCCGAGAAAAACAUCCGUGUGAAAAUUGUUAAUCGACUGCUUGAAGACUUCAGCGAACAAUUCAAAGACCUUGAUGACCCUGAUCCCGACACAGCAGAACAACUUAAAGAGUUGAAAAAGGUACAGUGCAUGAAUGUCGUGGAUAGUCACGCCAGCAAUACAGCAGCCAUCGAACCAAGCCUCCAACCUGAGCAACCUGAGCAAUCUGAAUACUUCUCAAGAUCCGAAAGAUCCCCAGAGUCGGAGAACCUGACACAAGAGAAAGAUAUGGCCUUGGAAGGAGAUAUUGGAGGAUUUGAUACUGUUACAGGAGUGUUACUUCCAAUUCCGCUAGAUCUUACAUCAGUGGACCGAACCAAUGUUUUGACCUAUCUAAUCCAAAAGUAUUCUACUGUGGACCUAUGUGCGAAGCUUGAGGAUAUCCUGACAGAUAGCCUGAGACGAGUUAGUGAAGAUGGGUUAUGCUCCGUGGAAGAAUUACAAUUGAUCGGGGGAGAUACCGAAAGCACUGCCGCUGGAGUCUACUUGCAUAUUCUCUGGUCCCCAAAAGAGCCCAAACAUUUCUGGCUGUACGUUGGCCAAGCAAUGGACUUGGCAAGAAGGAUAGCGGAUCACAAAAACAAGAUCUACCGCAGGGGACACCCUAGCCUCCAUUACCACAAUUGGGAUUCGAGGGAGGAUAUGUGCUCGAAAUUUGUUAUCCUUGCAACAAUUGACAUGGAUACCAAGGGACAAACUCUCCCUAUAUCUGAGCAAUGUUUGCUUGACCUUUUCGAAAUGUGGAUAGCAUGUUUGUUCCAGACACUCAGUGCAAGAAAUCUCGAUAGAUAUCUCUGUCCAUCUAUUAGUCGGUCGUCCGCUGGCCGCCAUCUCAAUGUUGUGCCGCCGAUAUGGCAAAGAUUCCAAGAUGAAAAUAUGCCAGAAAUAAAAGAAGUCUUCGAUCGACAAAGCUUCAAGGCACUUCUACACUCAGAGGACCCAGAUAUUCGAUCAUGGGCGCAGAAAGCUCGAGACUCAUACAAUGAUCUGCGAGACUCCCUUGACCCAGAGCUGCGCAAUUAUUGGGCUCCAGCAGGCUUUGAGCGCCAAGAAACAGAGCAACAUUGA